CAACCCAGAUUAUCACUGGGCUUCUCAUGCCACAAAUCCAAAUUCAAUUUAACCCGUUACGGGUAUAAAGUUCCGCAAAACCUAUUUAGACGCAGCUCCAGUUCAAAUCAUAUCAAAUCAAAAACCCCACCAAAACCCUACACUCCUCCUUCUCGCUCUCCUCCUCCUCUGUCGGUGGAGCAAAAUGCCGCUCGGCGAAAGAGCCGGAGACAAGAGCAAGUCUCGGUACUGCGGCUUGGAGAUGGAGUUCAACAAUGACAUGCCCCACGUCCUCGCUUUCAAUCUCUCGCAUGGCUCCUUCGAUUUCGCCAUUGCUCCUCUGGAACUCUUUUCGUAUGAAUUAUUUGAAGAUCUUUAGAUCUUCAAAAAGUCUUGUAUCCAACUGUUUCAACUAGUUCCAAGAUGAAGACUCAAAGAAAGAACCAAGAUAUUGAACCAAUUAAUCUUGAUCAAGAAUUGGACCUAAGUGAAUCAAGCUUUGAUGACACUGGUAGGAAGAGAAAAAGAACCUCAGUUGUCUGGCAGCAUUUUGAGGAAAAAAGUUUUUGUGGGGAGGUGAAAGUUGUCUGUAACCAUUGUAAAGCUAGGCUAGCAUCAGGCUCCUGUUGGUACUUCAUCUUUACUUUCACAUGUUAGAACAUGUCCUGUAUUGACGACAAAGAAAAAGAGUCCAGUUAUAACUGGUGAUGGGUCUGUUAAACAUGGUGCAUAUAGUUUUGAUGAAGGUAAUGCUAGGAAAAAGCUAGCUUAUAUGAUUAUCUUACAUGAGUAUCAUUUAUCUAUGGUGGACCACUUGGAAUUUUAAGUGGUUUUGCAAUUCAUUGCAACCCUUAUUUAAGGUUAUUUCUAGAAGUACUAUCAAGAGGGAUAUUAUGAAAGUAUUUGAAUGUGAAAAGGGAGAGACCAUGAAGUUGUUGCAAAUGAACAAGAGUAAAAUUGCAAUCACGGUUGACAUGUGGACUUCAAGUAAUCAGAAGAGAGGGUUUAUGGCUAUCACUUCUCAUUUUAUCGAUGCUUCUUGGACGCUUCAAAGUCAAAUUCUAAGGUUUGCAUAUGUUCCAUGCCCACAUAAUGCCGAGACACUUUCUGCUAUAAUGAUAGAUUGCUUAUCAGAAUGGAAUACUGAUGAUUCAAACUCUACUCAGGUUGAAGAUUCUUCAUUCGGUGAUGAUACUGAUGUGAAUGUGGCCUCUUUUGGUGACAACGAGUCAAUGAUACUUUGUGGUUGAACGUGUUCAAAAGUGUUUAGUUUCGGAAUAUUUUGGAGCUUUGAAUUCUAGUAUUCAAGAUAAUGACUACUUUUUGUUUUUAGAAGCUUUUCUUUUUAAUCAUAUGGAUUAUAAUUAAAGACUUG